AUGGCUACCUCUCUUGUAUCUCAAACCCGCGCGGAACUUUGUGAAAUCCUGGCAAUUCGCACUUUGUGGGAAUACGGAAACAAUCUGUUGGAGCUCGCCGUGGUCUUGACGACGAAUUGGAUGGUGUAUAGCGGUGCAGACGAGACUGUGAUGCAAAUGGCUCGCGAGGAGAGGGAAGAUUUGGAAGAAAGGGUUGGGAAUGCUAUCGAAAUGGCGAUUCUAGGAAGGUCGAAGAGGUUUAUAAAAAGUUCUUCUUGUCAGAAGGUCAUUGAUGGGAUUUGGUCGGGAAAGUGUGUGUAUCAAGCCGAAAGCAGUCACUCGAUCCUAUCAGAUGCAAGUAUCAUUCGCCAUCGAGAGUCUUCUACUAUCACUUCAUCUUCUAGUAGACCUAUAAACGGAACCCAAUCCACUUCUAUGACCCUCACAAAGCCCCUUUAUUGGAUCAUUAUCGGUUGGUCAGGCGGCUCUUGCAGAUAA